AUUAAAACUUCCGUUUUGUACUAUUGAUUCCUUUUCCGGUGUAUGCUACAUAAACAAAUUCAUUAAUUAUGGGUAAAAGGAAUAAUAUGAUCCCUAAUGGGCACUUCCAUAAAGAUUGGCAAAGAUUCGUUAAAACCUGGUUUAAUCAACCGGCUAGAAAAUAUCGUCGUAAACAAAGCCGUGUAAAGAAAGCUCGUACUCUUGCCCCAAGACCUGUUAAGAUUCUGAGACCUGUUGUUCAUUGCCCAACAUUCCGAUAUCAUACAAAAGUUAGAGCUGGUAAAGGUUUUACAUUAGAGGAAUUGAAAGCUAGUGGUUUAAACAAAAGAUUUGCUAGAACGAUUGGAAUUGCAGUAGAUCCUAGAAGACGUAAUAAAUCAGUUGAGUCUUUGCAAACAAAUGCUCAAAGACUAAAAGAAUAUAAAUCAAAAUUGAUUCUGUUCCCACUGAAUGAAAAGAAACCUAAAGAAGGUGAUGCUACUGAAGAGGAGAUGAAACUCGCAACUCAAGUUAGAGGAGAAAUCAUGCCAGUGAGACACCAAGCACCAGCUAAAGCUAAGGCACGUGUCAUUUCUGAGGAAGAAAGAAAGUUCUCUGCAUACGUAACGCUUCGUAAGGCUAGAGCUGAUGCUAGAUUAGUUGGAGUUCGUGCAAAACGCGUGAAGGAUGCAGCAGAAAAUCCAGAUGAUGUUACUAAGGUCGCUAAAGACAAGAAGACUAAGAAAUAA